GUCCGCCGGCUGCUCCUGCUUUGUGGGGGUGAAUUGCUCGGUUUUUUGGAAGUGAAACCGAGGACGGGAAAUCACGAGAAGUGACGAGUUAGAAGGCUAGCCAUAUUGUAAUUGGAUAUAAAUUUUAGAAAUAAAUCAUGAUCUUGUAUUUGGAGAUUUCAUGAUAUCAGAGAGAAUUUUAUAAUUUGAUCUUGAGAUUUUGGUGGUAUCAGAUUGUGAUAUGAUAAGUUUGGAGCCUUGUGCAUUUGUGGGACCCGUCUUACGAGUGCACGGCGUCUGCCACGUCCCCGGAUUUGGGUUAUGGGGCGUGACAGGUGGAAUGAGGAGCACUUCGUUAAUCAAAAGGAUUUUGCUAAGUUUUAUGUUGGCCAAAGGCUACUAUUAGUCCUUUACCUCAAUAAGUCUGAAUGUUUUAA